AUGGAAGACUGGAGAAGAGUCGACGUGGAUCAAUACGAUCCAGAAAAGCAAUUUAUUGCGGAUGAUUUAGAAUUGCCCAAUUAUUCGGCUCAAGACCUCGAGCCUAAGAUUCAGCAGAUACGUCAGUAUAUAGGUUCUAACGACUUGGUGAAUGCUCUGAAAAGUUGCGUCCAGGAUCCUCCCUAUGGAUCCACAGAUAUCGUCAAGAAAGGAUAUCUCCUGACGGUUUUGGAUGUGCUCAAUACAGCCAAACAAUCAGAGGUUAAGGAACUUCUUUCACAGCUCUCCAUAGACGAGGUCGAUGUUCUAGUUAAGUUUAUUUACGUCUUAAUGACUACCGAAGAGGGACAGAAGAGUGGCGGUGCACUACUUGGCUGGUUCGACAAGGCCAUUACGGUGGUGGGAGAGGGACCUAUAGUGAGAUAUAUGAGUGAUCCGUACAGAAUGUAA